GGUUGUUUAUUGUGAUGUUUUUGCCGUUUUAAUAAUCAAAACUCAGUAUUUCAAUUGUUUUAAUUAGUAGUACUUAUUCGUGUACAGCGUUUCAAGUGUUGUUAGUUAGAACCAAGCCACUCUUUAUGAGACGUAGGCUUAUAACAACUAUUAAUGUAUGUACUACUAUUUAUUUCUAUAGACAGACAUUGAAGUAUAAUGUACUAAGAGGACAUCAGUUUCUGUCAUAAUCAUGAUACAAAGUUAAAUGCAAUAUUAAGGUAAACACUGUGUAAAGGCCAAUGUAUACAAACCGAGACCCUAUUUUCCCAAGAAACCAAUGAACAGAAAGCAUGGUCACAUAAAGAAGUUAGUAAUAAGACGGAGAAACACAUUUCACUACACAUUAAAGUGAAAAAACUGCAGAGGAAAAUGGCAGCAAAUCAUGAUGUUUCGAUCAACUACCAAUACACAAUCCUAGACAUGCUCAAUGCAGAUUGCUGGCGAGAAAUUCUUGGCUAUGUGCCAAUUGAAGAAAUAAUCAGAUCCGAGCGCGUUAGUCGGCGAUGGCAAUACCGAAUGAUAGAAUAUAUGCAAGGUGUGAAUCUCUCCGUAGAAUACCUAAGGCCCUGCAUCAUCAACAUAUUAAGCUGGGACCGGCACCCAAACAGCAGGCACUUGACCCUGGACCGGGAAGACCAGCCGGGCAAGAGAUGGUUUGAAGCCAUGCUGACCAAGCUUGGGGAGAACAUAGUUUUUAUUGGCACGGACAGGAUUGUUGACUUUGAUAUUGCAAAUAUCAUAUGGCAUUGUCCUAACCUUGAGAUUCUGUUGCUUUGCAGCAUAGAAUACUAUCUUCCUCUGGAUCAGCUUAAAUGCUGCAAACGUCUUAAACGGAUAUCAUUGCAUACAUGCACGAUACCAGACGAAUACAUAUGCCAGGUCCUAUGCGUUGUCCCCAUCGAGGAGCUAGUGAUAAACAACGCGAGCUACGUAUCUGGCAUGUUCCUAUCUGAGCCUAAGAACACUAAACUGAAAUCCCUGACGAUAUCCGCUUGCUAUUUGCUGAUGACGGACUUUUUUAGGACGGCGGUGGAUUUGGAGGAGUUGACGAAGUUGGAGUUGACUCUUAAUAGUGUUGAGGUAUACAGAAAUGUCCACUUACUUCUCCGGAACACACCAAACUUAGAAUACCUAAAAUUAGUAUCUUUCGACAAAAAGAUCAACGUAGGUAGCGAGUUCUCAGACGCUCUCAGUAGCUUAAGUAAGCUAAAACAUUUCUAUGGAAGAUAUAUUAAUAAUUCGCACGAAGGUUGGCUGGAAGACGUCGCAGUUGGGUGUAAGGAGUUGAGGACGCUAGAUAUUGGGAAUUGUACUGGUGUCACAGCGAGUAGUGUUAUAACUCUCUGCCGAUCAGCGGGGCCAAACCUAACAGAGCUCGGGGUGGCUUGGAACACUGCGCUUACAGACAGCGACCUUGCAGCGUGUUUAAAAUACUGCCCUAAUCUAGAGGUACUAGACGUGCAGGGCUGCGUGCAGGUGUCACCGGAGCUGGUGCAGUGCGCAGUGCGGCGCGCGCGGCCGCUGCGCCUGCGGCUCCGGAGGACCAAAGUGCCCUACGACACGAGGUCAAAAUGCCCAUGGGUGGAUCUCGAUUUCGAGUACUAGUUUUACGAGCGAGACCUGUGGAUAAUUGGAUCGUGAUCUACAAAAACUCGUACACGCGCCUCGUUGCUAAAUAGUUCGUGAGAAUAACCAGUGCACGUGUAAAAAAUCGAGCAAAUCUUUGGCUUAACUCAUUGACCGAUAAAGUCGUCAACUGACGCGCGCGGCUUACAGUAAUAACAUACUAAUCUAUGCGCGCGGCCACAGGGCGGACAUGCUAUACAUGAAAAAUCAUUUGCGUUUCUAUGUGUGAACGUCACGUCUGUACACGCGGCAUGCGUCAUUGUGUGUGUGUUGCUUAAAAAUGAGGGCUAAUACCGCGUUUAAUUUCGCCGCUAGGCUAGGCUUUCAAAAUGUCAAAUGCAUAGAAUGUUUGGGAGUUUCAAGCUUUUUUAUCGGGAAUUUUCACUCCUUAUUCAUAAUUGUGGUAAAUCUUUGUCCAUCUUUGAUUAAUUAUGGUAAACAAUAGAUAUAGCUCAAUAAAUGUUAGUGGUUUAAAAAAGUGCCAACUAAAAUACAUAUGCAAAAUUAAACAGAUAAAAAAAAGGCACAUUUAGACCUUUGUGUAUAUUAGAACGUACUUAUUGAUUUUAUAAAAAUAAGCAUAGAAGAAUUCUGAGAUCUGUUUUUCUGGACCUUCAUCUACAGUGGCGCUAACUGGUGAGCACAAAAACGGUAGCCCUCAUUGAACUGAGCGUUCGGCAAAAGGUCGUCAAUCUGGUGUCGCGGGGCGAGGUAGUUCGAAUCGGGGCGGGGCGGUGCGUGGCCGUUCUGUAUGAUAAUACUAUUACUUAUUCUGUGGCGCGGCUACAGCCCAAUAUCGACCUUCGUGCAUUGCGAUAAGGUUCACAAUGAGUCGAUGACGAAAUCACUUUGUACACUAAUAUCUAAAAAUGUUAAAUUAAAUACAAGAUUUACAAUUUUAUUGAUCUUCUAUCUUGAAACAAAAAAAAACUCGUUAUUUAGAAAUCGCCUGGUAGUAUUAGCGCCACUUGCACCAUCCUACUAACCCGGGGUUAACCCGUUAACCCAGUAAUCGAAAUUAAACUAUCGUGAGACAUAUUUCAAAAUAUUUAGAUCACUACGGUUUCACCCACUAGUAUUUUUAGUCGCUUUUGGCGACAUGUUUCGGACUCGUCGGGAGGUCUUCCUCAGGCACGAGUGUCCGCGGCGGCUGUAUUCCGUCCACUGCCCGUCAAAUUGUACUAACCCAGUUCAAAUUGUACUGGUAACCACUGUAACUCCAGGUUUAACCGGUAACCCGGGUUAGUGGGAUGGUGGAAGUGGCGCUUAUUAAAGCAUAUGGAUGGUACUUAAUUUUAAAAACCUUCGUAAGACAUUAAUUGCGAAUUGUUCUAAUACUCUAAUAAACUGAGAUCUUAGUAAAAUUGUGUAAUAUUUUAGUAGAUACGUAAUAGUUUCCAAUACCUUCUCUCUCGUGUAUAUGUAUAGUAUUUAAUUAAGCUUGAAAAGAUCAAAUUUUGACAAAUGUGACGCAAUUUAUUAUACUGAUAACAUAAUAAUGUUCUGAAAUAAAUGUUGUAAUUCGA